GAGAUUUUAAAAUUCGUUUCGUCUUCUUCGCGUCAACUGUUUGGAGCUUGGCCCCAAUGUUGCCCUGGUCGCGACGGCAACGGAAACGGCCCCAAAAGCACAAACUCCACCGGAAGGUGGUUGCACAAGUGAAGGAAAACUAGAAGAACGCCUAGAAACGGAAUAUCGAAGUUACCAAACGCGUGCACGUGUUAACGGAUUGAGUACUUUCCCAACACUGCCGCCGGCAGGACCGUCAACAACAAUCAGCUGCUGCAGCCGGCAAUGCACCAAGAUGAGCGUUAAGGAGCACCAAGCAGCCGGCCGUGACUUUAAGCGCAAUUCAAACGCUUAUGCCAGCCUGCCGCCUACAGGAACGGGAGCAACAGCAGCGUCAUUGUCCUCUACACCGGGAGUAGGUACAACUGGCAGAGGUCGGCAUAGCAGGCAGGUGCCUCAGGAUCACCAGUAUGGCCUCUCGAACAGCCUCUCCAGCGAGUCCAUACGUCAGGCCUGCGACUACUAUGACGACGAGCUAAGCGACGAGGAUCUCAUCGAGAUCCAGCAGACGCCGCAAGCCUUUCACCAGCAACCCGGCAAACAAUCCCUGCAACUGCAACCCAUCAGUUUUCGUUUGGGCGAUGGCCAGGGUGACGAGAUGAGUGCCUUCUGCGGCAGCCAAGAGAUGCAACCGGCUCCAUUGAGUACGCCCAUUAAACAGGCGACGGAAACGGAUGAAGCCUUGUGCGUUCUCAGUGAACUGGACGCCAUUCUGGAUGUUCAUGAUGUUUCGCAACUUAAUGGCACCAUGAAUUCCAGCAGUGAUGAUGACAAGGUGGAGGAUUACCUCAUGGACCUUGACAACUAUUUGGAGGAGAUGGACAAUGCUCUAAACCGGGAGGAGUCAUUGACUAUCAUGGGCGGUCAGUCCAUCUUAAAAAGGGAGCCUAGGACAAGAACUCUACCAUUGAAGAAAAAAAAAUCGAAUAAAAGGACAAGCGGAGACCAGGAGGUCGCAUCAGAGGAUUUCCAAAGGGAGCAUCAAAUAAGGAAGACCUUUAGCUGCUCCCUGAGGCCUACGAGUCAAGCAGCCUCAUCAAGUGCUUCCCUGGAGACAUAUACGGAGCCCGUGACAGAUGUUUGGAGGCGUCAGUCAAUGCGUCGAGCCAUGGAGCAGGAGGACACCAAAGGGGCAGUAAUUGAGAGGGAGGAAGACGAUCUGCCCACAUUGCUGGUGGAGCUACCACCCAGACGUGAGGCAGAGAUGCGACGUUGUUUCUCGCAAGGCGAUUUUCAGGCUCAAGCCGCAAUUGCUGACGGCUCCCAAAUGCUAACGGAUGCACACAUUUUCGACAACCUGCUGCAGACAACGGCCAGAGCAUCCAGCGAGGAGCCGCGACCCAGGCAGUAUGGACGUCGCUCGGAGGGACCUCCCACGCCAGUUCGUGCCCUGGUGCUGGCCCAAAGUCGGCCACAGAGUGCUCCAACUCGCGUGCAAAUCAGAGAUCCGCAGCCUCUGGAAACGCCCACGCACCCCAUCAUGUCCACUUGCUCGGAACUGAGUUCGCCGCGUUCCUCGCGGAUGCCCAGUCCCGUUUCCCUGCCCUCGGAUAGCAGCAGCAGCAGUUCAGCGGAACAGGACCAGGACCACGACCCGGUGCACACCACAACCAUGUGCAGUGCCAGUAGCACCACGCCCCUGGAGCCGUUGCAUCAACUGCACUUGCUGCUGCGCGAGAAGUGCGGUUUCAACAGCCAGUGGCCGCAUGCAGGAAGUCGCACCCUGGCGCUGAUUGGUUGCACCCUGGGUGUAUUUAACAUGUGCCGAUUUGCCGUUCUGACCAUCAACUUUGGUGGUAAUUUCCUACUGCAGUUCCUGCUGCUGUCCGUAAUCUUUGGCAUCCCACUAUUGUGGCUCCAGAUGUGCCUGGGCGCCAAGAUUCGUGCCGGUCCGGUGUCGAUGUGGAAGAUAAGUCCAAUUUGCGCCGGCGUUGGCAUCGCUCUGGUGAUGGUGCAGUGUUUUCUGGCUCUGUACUCUACCGUGUCGCUGGCCUGGAUUCUGGUCUAUCUGCGGGACGUCUUCCCAACAGCAUCACGUACGGGUUACCGCUGGCAGGAGCUGGCUUUCCCCUAUCGCUAUGAUGCCGCCAAUGCUACUGGGAAUCUCACACACACUGUGGCCGAGUACUUUAAUGUGGUUGUGUUGCAGCGACUGCAUCUGGCCAAGCAUCCGGAUGCGAGCGGAGUGCGCUUCCAUGUCAACGAUCGGCAGCUGGCCUUUUAUCUGGCCCUCAUCUGGGCGGCCGUCUUCCUCAUCCUUUGCAAGGGCCUAAAGUCCCUGGGCAAGCUGGCUUAUAUCAUCUACACUCUGCCAUUGAUUUCUCUGGCCGUGGUGACGGCCAAGUUUGUUUAUGUCGUUGAUCCUGGGAGACUGCAGAAUGUCUUCGCUGCCAGCGAUUUCGAUGACUUUCUGGUGAACCCCAACAGCUGGACGGCGGCCACACAGGAGACUUUUCUCACCUGGGGCCUCCUGGGCGCCUCGGUUAUUGCUAUAACCAGCCGGAGUCAUGCCAAUGCCAACAAGGCAGCUUUAAGAAGAGAUGCGAUUCUGCUGGUUCUGCUCACCCUCAUCGGGCUUGGUUUGAUGGCUCUGCUGGCCUUGUGUUGUGCCCAGAUUUUAUGGCAGCAUGGCUACGUCUAUGUGCCGGGAUCCUUUGAGAACCCGGACUCCUAUACGGCUGUGUACUCGCUGCAGACACACCCCAAUCCGAAUCUGGUGUCCUAUCCGCGCUCGUUAAUACCGCACUACUCUUCCUUCAUUGGAGAGACUUACCGGCGGAACCGCAGCAUGAUUCACGUCGAGAGUGGAUUCCAGGCAUUGCGUUUCAUCUCGGAGAUCUUCCCUGCGGUUCUUUCACUGGCCAGCGAUAGCAUAUCGUGGGUAUGGGGUGCCGUAGCAUUUUCCACCUUUGCGGGAUUCGGUCUGGCGCAGCUGUGCGUUAUGUGGAAACCGAUUUCGAGUGCCCUGGGUAAUUCUACAAGCUCGGUGCUGCUAAGCUGCGUAACUGGACUGCUGCUAAGCAUACCUUUUGCCACCGAGAUGGGCAUAUCCAUACUGUAUUACGUGGACUUCUUGUUGGGCGGCUCGUGGUUCAUUCCGAUCAUUUGGACCGCUCAGAUCUUUGGCGUGUUCCUGAUUCGAGGUCGCCCCUACAAUGGGGACGAUUUGGUGAAUGAUCUGAGGCUAUGUGGUUCCAUGUCCGCUUUUCUAGCUUUGUCCUGGAACGUACUGCUGCCCAUUGGUCUGAUCACGCUGUCUGUUGUGGAUUACAAGGCUUCGCUGUCGAAUCAGUUCUACUAUUGGCGUGGCAAGUCUUACUUUACGUAUUGGUCCAGGAAAAUGGGCAGCUUGAUCCAAAUUGGUGUCUUGCUGGUUAUUCCGGUCACAGCUAUUAUUCAAAUAUAUCGGUAUUUGGCCCACGGUCCCCCGGAUAUCUUAGAGCGCAUUCAGCUGCUUUACCGUCCUCCGGAGGAGGGAGAGGAGUCCCGGCGCCCAUCCGCUCGCCAAAGUGCCGCCCAGGGACGCCGCAAUGCCCUUGGCCAGUCUACAGAGGGCACUCAGCACGAUGCCCAGAACGAUGCUCCGCCCAAGUACACGCCACCUCCGUCCUACACUACGGCUACGGGAGCUCGCCUGGCCAAGCUCCUACGUCAGAGCAUCCGCCGCAGCGUGCGCAGGGUUCUUGGAGACUCUAGUCGCACGCGGCCCGUGCUCUCGCUUGACGCCGAGUCCGCUUCUCCAGCAGCUCCGCCUGAUUACUUGACCAUACUGACCAAUCCAGCGGGCAGCAGCUCCAAUGCAGAGCCUUCGCCUGCGUCAAGCAGCAGUCCGGAGUCCAUUGAAAUUGGUCUGCGUCCCGCUGGCUACGCUCAACGCUCACAGUCGCUGGGGCGGAAGCUGCAUCGCUCAAGCGCUUCAACGCUGGAAAGACGCCCCUACACAGCGGAGGAUGUGGUGACCAUAUUGCGCUCCUCGGUGCGACACCGCCAGUCGCAGCAGGUUGGUGGGCAUAUGGCCACUGCCAGCACUCUGCCACGACCCCCAACGACCUCAAUGUCCACGCACAUGGAGGACGCCUCUUUCCGGUCCAUAGAGAAUCUCGUGCUGAACGCAGAGCCGCCGGACCGAACGCCGGGCGUGGAGCUGGAACUGGAGGCAGAACGGGCGGAGGAGUGCGCGCAAAAUAAUACAUCUGUGAUUUAACUGACUAAUAUCGUACCGUACAUAGGCGUAACUCUUAUGCGAUCCCACAUAUCUGCUUGCUUUCUUAGACUUGAUUAGAGCUAGUUAUACAAAUACGAAUAAUACUUUGUAGUUAUGCGAAUAAUAACGAAAAAAAUUAGUUGGUAA